AUGGGGAGUAUCUUUGCGGAUUUUCACCAAGCCCAGCGGUUAGGGCAUGGCCCCCUGCUUGCAUCAUGCCUCGCUCCCAUCGACACCGAAAGGGAUCCCCAUCGACUCGAGUCAUUCGCCCAGAUCUCCAAUUAUCAGACUGUCUCAGCGGAUGUACGAUAUCACAUCAUUCAAGACCGCAAUGCUGCAAGACUGCCCAAAGCCGAAGGAACCGCUUGGGUUGACAUUUUUGUUGAUCUAUGGAAAUGCGUCAAAGAACUUGUCGCCCUGCGGGAGGGUACCGGGGCCGUUGACUGGUCCAAAGCCUUCGACGCCUACAAGGACUUGUGCAAUCAUCUGGUCAGAGGAUACACAAAUCAUGGGUUUCAGGCAUGGACCAUUCCGUGCCUCAGUAUUGCAGGGAAGUACCUCCGCAUGAUAGCUAUGAGAGCAGACAGCGAGAUCAAAGCCAAAGAGGGCAAUGGAGACGUCUUUGCGAGUGGCUUCUCAGACGAUAUCAUGGGCGACACAAACAAGAACGAGAAACUGGAGCAGGCAGCCUGGACCAUCAACCGAAUGUUCACAACAUGCUUGAGCGACCGGGCUGAGGAGAAUGAGUCACGCAGAUGGGGCAUCUACAGCACCACCAACUUGCUGUUCAAGACAUACUUCAAACUCAAUUCGGUGUCGCUUACCAAAAAUGUCAUUCGUGCCCUGGAAGCCGCAGCAGAUGACAUCCCCGAUCUGGGUCGUUUUCCCAAAUCCCACCAAUGCACAUUCAAGUACUACCGCGGAGUUAUUGAGUUCCUGCAAGAGAACUACAUUGAAGCAGAGCAGAAUCUGAUGGAGGCAUUCCAAUUGUGUCAUAAGGAUUCCAUGAAGAACCGCGAGCAGAUCCUGACUUAUCUCGUUCCAGCACACAUCAUCAACCAUCAUCAACUGCCUACCAACGCCCUAUUGGCUCCUCAUCCAACUCUAUCAAAGAUCUUCACACCAUUAUUCACUGCCAUUCGCACAGGCUCACUCGCUGCCUUCGACAGUGCCCUUUCAGAAGCCGAAUCUGAACUAGUCAAGCGUCGGGUCUAUCUGACUCUUGAGCGCACCCGCGGUCUCUGUCUACGCAACCUAUUCAGGAAGGUCUUCCUAGCAGCAGGAUGGGAGGAAACCAAGGAUGCAACCACAGGCGAAGUGACGGGCAAAAUACGUCGAACAAGGAUCCACAUCGAAGAAUUCGAGGCCGCAAUGCGCGUGAGUUAUAAGGGUGCCACAGACGUGUUGGUUGAUCGGGACGAAGUUGAGUGUUUCUUGGCCAACAUGAUUUAUAAGGUACGUCACAUUGCCUCUCUUUAUCGUUUAUCCGCGCCCAAUCGCCCCAAUCUCCUUUCAAACAAAGACAUGUCUGGUGCGAAGAACUGCUGA